AUGAGAGCCACACACGGCAUCUUUGCUGCCUUGUCGGCCGGCCUCUCAUUAUCAUCCGCAGCCGCUUGUUCAAAGCAAGGUCUUCUUCUUGUGUCUUCAUACCCGUUUGAGUCUUCCCCAGGAGAGAUUGUCAAGGGAGGAGUUACGACGCUGAAGCUGGGAAACAAGGGCCUAGAGCAGGUUGGCGAAAUCUCGACCAUCUGCGGUACUAACCCUUCAUGGCAAACACUCGUUGGAGGCGAUCAAUAUUAUUGCAUCAAUGAGAACUUCGACGACGGCCCUGGCGCUUUUACCUCAGCUAAGGUGAAUACGGACGGCACUCUCGCUUUUGUGGGAAACAGUUCUACGCCUGGAGGCCCAGUGCAUAUUGCUCUCUUUGGUGAGAAUGGGGAGAGAGCUAUCACCUCCAACUUUGCAUCAUCCUCUGUCGAUGUCUUCAACAUUGAGGACCCAGCCAAGCUGCAAUCCUUGGACAACAAACCUUUUCCCCCACGGCCCGACAACGAAACCAUCACUUCCAGGCCUCACCAAGCAGUUGUUGAUCCCACUGGUGGAUUCGUUGUCAUCCCCGAUCUCUCCGUCGACGUCCUCCAUAUCUUAAGCAUCGACCAAACUGCGCUGUCACUCACAGAGCUGCCGGCACACCCCUUCGGGAACGGAACUGGGCCUCGUCACGCUGCCUUCCUCAAGUCAGGUGACAAGACCUUCCUCUACGUCAUCGCCGAAAAGAAGGUCUCCAUCCUCGGGUUCGAAGUCUCUUACGGCACCAACAGCUUGACAUUGUCGGAGAAAUUCAACAUCAGAACCGACGGCAGCGAGAACGCACCGGCCGAAGGCUCCUCCGGAGCUGAAAUUACCAUCUCUCCUGACAACAAAUUCCUCACCGUCUCAACCCGCAACGAGACCACGCUAGAAUACACCACCGUUGCCGACGGCACAAAGAUCCCGUCUGACGCCCUGAACACCUUUUCCAUCGACCCUGUCACUGGGGAGUUGACUCAUGUCCAGAGUGCCCCGGCCGGUGGCUCGUUCCCGAGACAUUUCAGCUUCAACAAGGACGGGAGUCUGGUUGCUGUUGCUUGCGGGGGGGAGAAUAGGGUUAAUGUCUUUGAGAGGGAUGUUGGGACGGGGAUGAUUGGGAAGGCGGUGGGGGAGAGGGUUUUGACGACGCAGGUUAAUCAUGUUAUUUUCAAAGAGUAAGCCAAGCAUGGGAUACGCUGUGUGGUGCGGGUGGGCUGCGCUCGGUGUAGCUUAUUUUUUGUCUUCUUUUAGAGAUGCGGACUGCGAAAAUGAUGCUGGGGAGGACGGUCCGACGAGCAUUCCGGCCGGGGCUGCAUCUAAGAACACGGGAUCUGGGACUUAUGGGACGGCGUUGGGUUGGGAGGUUGGUUUUUUGGUGUUUUUGGUUAGGUGGCUGGGUAUAAUGUUGUAAAGACAUAGAAAGGCCAACAGAACUAAUAGGAGAUAUCAUGAUGCGAAAACAGUUGCAUUUCACAGCAA